UCCACGGAACACCUGUUGAACGCAAUGUCCACUCAGUCGUCCGUCAACUGUUACCGUUGUCACAGAACAUUAUUCGCGGUGUUAGUGUUGUAGUGCAUUAGUGACGUGUUUAGUGUAAAUAAUGUAGUAACUGAAGUGGUUUGUUUAGUGAUUGUGACUUUAAUAAUGCCACGGCUGAAGACCUUUCUCCAAGCGUUGACCCUUCUUGCUGCAACUGCCUACCUUUCCUUAUUUUUCUACCAAAGAAAUGACACUGUUGCUCCGCAGUUGUCUAAGAACGAGUUGGAGGUUGGCUGGCAGGAGAGGGCUCCUCGUAGUCUGUCCAAAGACUACCCGGAGGCGGCUGUUGACGCCGGGGGCGGCAGCACCGCCACCCCCAAGCCGCCCAACACCCGCCCUCACGAUGUGUUCAUCAGCGUCAAGACCACAGGCCACUACCAUCAUGCCCGCCUACCAGUCAUCCUCAAGACGUGGUUCCAGCUAGCCAAAGAUCAGAUAUGGUUCUUCACCGAUACGGACGAUGCUGAGUUCCAACAAAAAACCAAUGGUCACAUGGUCAACACAAAUUGCUCAUCGUCGCAUAAUAGGAAAGCGUUGUGCUGCAAGAUGUCGGUGGAAUUCGACAGCUUUCUAAACAGUGACAAAAAGUGGUUUUGCCAUUUUGACGACGACAACUACGUGAAUGUACCUCGCCUCGUCAAGUUGCUGGGAGACUUCAGUCACCAGGAGGAAUGGUACUUGGGCAAACCCAGCAUUAGAGCUCCUCUGGAAAUUCUCAACAGAGAGUCCAAAGCUCCUAUCAAGCAAAACAUCUCGUUCUGGUUCGCAACAGGAGGUGCUGGGUUCUGCCUCAGUCGAGCUCUGGCCCUCAAAAUGUUACCUUUGGCUGGAGAUGGCAAGUUUAUGAGUAUUGGUGAGAAGAUUCGUCUCCCUGAUGAUGUCACGAUGGGCUACAUCAUAGAACAUUUGCUGAGGAAGCCACUGACAGUCGUAGAUCAGUUCCACUCUCACUUGGAGCCGAUGAAGUUCCUGCGUCAGGACACCUUCCACGACCAGAUAACAUUCAGCUAUUCCAAGUACAGCAAAGACGAGAUCAACGUUGUCAAAAUCGACGGAUUCGACAACAGAAUUGACCCUACAAGAUUUUUAUCGCUUCAUUGCUUCUUGUUCCCAUACUUCACGUUUUGUCCAAGAUAACAACAAAUCCGGAGGACAAGAAAAGUGUAGAAUUUAGUAAAUUUAUCAUCAAGUCAUAUUUUGGGGCUGUCUGUCUAAGCCAUAAGUAUCAAAUGAAAUAAUAAUUGUACUCUUGACAAUCAUUUUUUUUACAGCCAUUGAAAGCGAUUCAUUAUCUGAUGUUUAAUUGUGAAUCCAUUCAUAAGUCAAGAGAUGAAAAAGCUUAAUAAAAAGUAAGAUAAAAUCAAAGGAAAAUCUCAAAAGUACUCAAAAUGUUAUAUAUAGUUGUGUUAAAACAUGUUAAUGUUAUGAACAAAAAAUACUUUUUAACUCUCGACCGACCUUUUUAGACCCAUGACUAAAAUUUGUUUUUGGCAGCUUGGAUGGUUAUAAUUUUUAUCUAAAAAUAAUGUAUUAACAACAGGGCAGCUAAUUUAGUACAGUAUUAGUUUUGAUUAUAAGUGUUUGGAACUACCUUUAUGAUUUUGAAAAGAAUUAAAAUUUUUUCUAUCAGGUUGCUAGUGUGUGAAUAACUGUUUUAAGUUUUAUAAAUACUCUCAUUUACUCAAUGGUUUUAUUAAUUUUAUAUACUGUGUAUGUGUCUGUGAUAUAUUUUUAGGUAGUUUUGUACAUUUUGUAUGGGAUUGUGACAAUAUUGUUAUAGUUUUAAAUAUAUUGUAAGUAGUUAAUUGUAAUAUUGACAAUUUACGUUGUUUUAAAGAUUGAUAUUUUAUUGAAGUGCAAUAAAAACACUUGAAGAAGAGGUUCAAGAAAUUUAUGAGUUUAAUGAAGUAUUAAAUUAUUGUUAACUAAAGGAACCUCUGUUUUUUAACCAUGACUUAUUCCUUUUUAGGAUACACAAUAUUUUAAUUUUACUAACUAAAGAGAGAAUUACUGUAUUUGUUCUGAUUUGACAUUUUGAUUUUGCUUGAAAGUCAGUAAGUGUUAAAUAUAUUGACUGUUAUGAUUUAUCUUUAGAUAUAGAAGAAUGUUAUUAUGUGUACCUUAAUCUUUCAAUUUUUUAAUCAUUAAUAAAACUGACUGUUUUCACAAUUUUUUACAUGUUUUUUCAUAGUUAAAUUCACGUUAAUGUUGGUUGUCUUUUACAUUAUGUUAUAUAUUGUUGUAAAAAAAUAUGAUUCUCAGUCUUAGUAUGCCUUACCUAACUUUGUAAGUUUGUAAAUUUGUACAUCAUAAGUGUACAUUUUCAUAGUUUUGUAAAAAGUGUACAUUCAUUGUUAUAAUUGUUAACAUAAUAAAAUAUACUUGUGA